AUGACUUUUCUUGCUUCGAAAAAUAUUGUUCAUGGUGAUUUAGCUUGUCGAAAUAUCUUAGUAUUUAGUUAUCAUCAUACUGAUCCAGAGAAAAUUCUUGUUAAAUUAACAGUCUUCGGUUUAACACGAGCAAGUACUACAUAUCAAAGAACAAACUAUGUAGCAUCAACAAUUAAUACAGUUCCAAUUCGAUCGAGUGCACCAGAAAUUUUGCAAUCACCAAAUGAUAGACAAUUUUAUACGGAAAAAUCCGAUAUAUUCUCUAUGGGUGUUCUUAUGUGGGAAUGUUUGUCGAAAGAAGCAAUUCCAUGGGUUGAGAAAUCAGAUAAAGAAGUAAUCAGAAAUGUUCUUAAUGGUGAACGACUAAAACGACCUAGGAAUGGUCAAUGUUCUGAUGAUUUAUGGGCAAUCAUUUUAAAAUGUAUGGCACAUCGUUCAGAAGACAGACCAACUUUUGUUCAACUUGAUCGAUUGAUUUCAAAUUUAUUUUCAAAUAGAGUAUCGAUGUUUAGCAGAUAUGCACAAUAUGCUUUUUUACAAAAUCAGGUUAGUGUUAGAUACGUGUCAGAAGAAAAAAUGGUUCUAGUAGAAGGUCCAUUAAUAAUACAAAACGACGGUCGAGCUGCGGGAUAUUUCAAUUGUCAGAACGAUUUUCUCGGGCUUGGCGGCUCAAAUCUUUAUUCAUCUGGCACCCAUCGUAUUAAAUUACAAUUCAUGGCAUGUGAAGGAAUUACACAGAUUGAAUUUUUUGGUAUCAUCAGUGACAGUCUGAAAUAUCAAGCUAGUAUGACACAUUGGACUGAGAUGGCUUGCACCUAUGGUUGUGGUACUCGUUUUAAGUGUGAAAAAGGUAAACGUUUCCCCAAAGCCGAAGAUCUACCAAUUCGUAAUGGAACUGUCAUCCAACUCGCGCUGGAUUGUAGUAAUCAUAAAAUUUGCUAUAAAAACGGUAACUCUUAUGUACAAGAAAUUCUUAUUGACACACAAGUAUGUCCAUUUCCAUGGAAAUGGCGUCUUCGAUUUUUCAGCAAAACAGGAUGUCUUCGAUUGACAUGA